UAUUCUGUACUGUCUACUCAGCUGGCUCAGCUACCUUGCCCAAGAUUUUAUAAGAUCAAAAUUAGGGUUUCAAAGUAGAGAGAGAGAGGGAGAGAGAAAUUUGAGGGGAGGGAGAGAGAUGGCAAGUGAAGCAAAUUCAAACGGGGGAUUCAGGGGAAGAAUGGAGCACUAUCUAUAUAGCGGAGAGAAGAAACACGUCUUUGCUGGAAUCGCAAUCAUCUCUGUUAUCUUUGGUGUUCCUUGGUAUCUUUUGAAUCGAGGCACGAAACAACUGUCGCAUCAAGACUAUCUGGAAAAAGCGGAGAAAGCUGAUAAAGCGCGCAAUGCAAGACUUUCUUCAGGUUCAUCUUCAGCCAAAUGAUUGAAGAAAUUAUAGGAUUAAAGAAGACCAGACUGGGCUUUUGAACUCAAAUGUCCUCAUGUUUAUUGGCUUGGUCUUUCUUUUUUAUAUUAAGGACAAUGCUGAUUAAGCCAUGUCUUAAGUUUGUUUUGUAAUCAAGUUAUAAAGGAUUGCUAAUAUGAAAAUCUUGAUUACUAAUGCAGAAUAAUUAAUCUGUUUUCCUUGUAAGCAAUUCUUUUAUGAAUUUAUGAAUUAUGCCUUUAUCUUAA